GGCCAAGCUGGACGUUUGUUGAUGUUGACGAGUUCAAACAGCGAAAGAAGCCAAGUAUUUAUGUGAUCUGUGAUCAUUGUGUGACAAAUUGGUUGUCACUUCAUGAUGAGCAACUAUGGCAAGGCACAUGCCUCCCCUCCCCCGUCUGUCAACGGUUCUCCCCCAAUGUCACCUGUACCAGGGGCAGGCCCGGAGCAGAUGUGGGGGGCAUCCACAGGAGAUAAUACACGUCUACGAGCACGGCUAACAGCUACAGCAAAGAGAUCAAAGUAUCUGGGCAGACUUCUAAAAUUCAGACAAAUGGACUUUGAAUAUGCAUUUUGGCAGAUGUUGUAUUUGUUUGUCUCCCCACAAAAGGUGUACCGAAACUUUCAGUACAGAAAACAGACCAAGGACCAAUGGGCUAGAGACGACCCAGCCUUCCUGGUCUUGCUUAGUUUUUGGCUGUUUGUUUCCUCCAUUGGAUUUUCACUCUCGCUACAUUUGGGGAUUACUGGUUUCAUCAAAUUUUUUCUUUGGGUAGUAUUUGUGGACUGCAUUGGUGUAGGCAUAUUGAUAGCCUCCUUAUUUUGGUUAAUCAUGAACCGCUACAUGAUCACCAUGCCACGGAGGGGACAGGAUGUAGAGUGGGGAUAUGCCUUUGAUGUUCAUCUCAACGCUUUCUUUCCUCUGCUCAUGAUUUUGCACCUUUUCCAACUUGUAUUUUACUAUGCAUUAAUAGACAAUGACCGCUUUGUGGGGUGCUUGGUGGGGAACACGUGCUGGCUUAUUGCACUGACUUACUACAUAUACAUCACAUUCUUGGGCUAUAGUGCCCUGCCAUUUCUGAAGAACACACGGUCUAUAUUGUUUGCGAUCACAGGUAUUAUUUUAGUAUACCUGCUAUCUCUCAUUUUCAAGUGGAAUUUCACCAGGGGUCUCUGUUCAUUUUAUACCAAACGAGUUAUGUAGCAUAAUACCCAUAUCAGAUGCUUAUUGUACAUAGCUGUGUAAAUACCAAAUGUGUCAAUGUGUACAUAAACCUGUAAGUAAGAGGGUGGGAGCUUGAAAAUAGCUGACAGACAAUAUGUGAUAGUUCGUGUAUAUGGGGCAAAUAUUUGUUACAAUGUGCACUGCUCUGUUGUACAGGUUAGCUUUUGCAAGGAAUGGUAAUUUAAGAUGUUUAUGAAAACUUUGUUCUUGUAUUAAGCUAUUUUGACUGGUGCAGUAAUAGUGUAUAUACAUCUUAAAACCAUUAUGAUAUAUGCUAUACGUUUUGAGUAUUACCCCAGGGCACGUUGCACACUGUAGACUGCAGCUGCUAUUCAGUACACAUAGUGUAUAGGUUUACUGUAAACUCAUCCUGAAUCGUCACAUGCCUACAUUUGAUAAUGCCACAGUGAUAACAGGUGAUACAUAUCAUUUAAGUUGACCCUUUUUAAUGAGCCUUUAAAGUGCCCAGUGCCUUGGCCCAUGUUACAUAACAAAACAAGUCCGGCAAAAUGCUAGUUGGGACAACUAACAAACCAUAACAACUGACAUGGAUUACCUCCCUUGUGCAAUGGGAGAUAUUUGUAUGAAAAGUGUAUUUAUACAGGGGGCUGUGCUGCAGAUUAUGAGGAACAAAUCUGUUCGCCUGUUUCAAGUCCAGUUUUCUUCAUUUUUCCUGUAUAGGCGAAGUCAUACCUUCUCAGACAAAAUCCAACCUCACUAAUGGCUAAUGCAUGGUAUUAAAAAAUUUAUAAAAAUUUGUAACACAAGUCAUUUUAUAAUUCCUUAUCAGAUAGCUAUUAAGUUGAUGAUCUCUGCUGUAUAAUGAUGUAACAUGCAGAGAUUGUCUUCCCAGUAGAUGCUAUAUAUGUAUUAUAACUAUAUGGUUAAUUUAAACUCACUUUUAAACUUAAAGUUUAAGCUCUGUUUGACAUUACUGGACAAGGAUUAGUAUAUGUCACCUUUAAUUUUUUUAGUAUGUGAUUGAACUGCUGCUGUGUCUGCAUAUGAAGAAAACAAAAUAACACUUACACAUUUUUAUAUGAAUCAAGGUUUCAGCUGUUAUAAUUUGGCCAUACAUGUAUGGACACCAUUGAUAGAAUUUCACAAAAAUUUCUCAAGUAUGUGACCAGUAUUCUCUGGUACAGCCUCAUUAAGUAUUACUCAUAAUGUACUUCAGAAGUUUGCUACUGUUGUAAUGUAUGUGAUAAUAAAGAUGUAGGUUUCCAUUAAGUUUCAUAUAUUGUGAUGACGUAUGUGGGAAGGUCUGCCAGCAACCUGAUGAUGGUUGUGGGUUUCCCCCGGGCUCGGGCCAGUUUCCUCCCACCAUAAUGCUGGCCACCGUUGUAUAAGUGAAAUAUUCUUGAGUACGGUGUAAAACACCGAUCAAAUAAAUAAAUAUUGUGAUGAGAAAUGUUUUCAUAUGGGUUUUGUUGUGUGGGUCAUGGGUAUAGUAAACAAGGAAGUGAGGAUGUUGAUGACCUACAUGUAUCAGACAAGUAUUCACAUUAGCCGUAAUAGGAAAAUCUGAUGGUACACAUCUGUUAAAAUUUGUUUUAAUGCUUCAUCUUUGCAUUUGCUUUCUAUUAACAUCACAAAAUACAGCUAUAAAAACAGUAUAUCAUAAAGGAGUUGCCUGUGCAUACAGAGGGUGUUCGCUCCCAACUCAGUGUACAUAUAAUCCUUGACCUAGUAUAUUCAUUUUUUGAUGAGCACUCUCUUCUGUAUGCAAAGUUGUUUUAUUAAAUCAUUGUGCAGAGGAAUAAAAUACAUGAUAGA